CUGUUUUUAGGGUUCACAUCUACGGGUGGUAUCCUAUUUCUGUUUCGGUCAUCAGCGUGAGUCCUGAACGCCAACAUCGCAAUCAUCUCUUCUCAACGUUGUUGCGUGUCCAAUUUUAAACUAAGGAAUAUGAACGAAGCAAUCAGAAAUCCUGUUACACCGUUCUCGAUCACCGAUAUUUUGAAUCGUAAUGAUGUCCCACAGCAGAAUAACAGCAGCCUUCCUUCUUGGAGUCAGCACCCUGCCCACACUCAUCCCGUGUCGCCGACAUAUUUGCCAUUACCGUACUUUCAAAGCGCUUUACCCAUCCAUCAGCUGAGCUGCUACAAAACAUUCACUGCCUCGCAAGUUCCUACAGCAUUGCCCUCACUUAGUAGAGAACGAAAACCUGAAGAAAUCGCAGAGCGAGCAGAAGAAAUAGCGAAAGUUCACAAAAACCAAGAAAGAGAUGUCAACCACACCUCGACUUCCAACCCUCAACAGCAGGCCAAACCGCGAAAGAAGCGAUCAAGAGCGGCCUUCUCUCACGCUCAAGUAUUCGAGUUAGAAAGACGGUUCAGCCAUCAAAAAUAUUUAUCUGGACCUGAGAGAGCAGAGCUUGCUGCUGCUUUAAAACUGACUGAGACACAGGUUAAAAUCUGGUUUCAGAACAGGAGAUACAAAACAAAACGACGUCAGCUCGCAUCAGAAAUUUGCCCUCCGAGUGCGGCGAAGAAAGUCGCGGUACGAGUUUUGGUUCGGGAUGAUCACAAACAGUAUGAAGACAUAGGAUUAUCGGGUCUAUCAAUGGCGCCAUUUGGCAGUCAAACCUUCGCUCCCCCUUGUGGUUUUUACUACAGAUGAAUUCAAGAUUACUAAAUCACGUCCCAAAUGCAACAACAAACAGACCCUUCAAACCAAACCCUGCGAACACGAAGACAGUGACACUCAAAGAGUACCAUUCAAACAAUUUAAUCGCUGCCGUCCUCGAUGGCUCAAUCCCGAAACAAUUCUGCUUUAACACCAAAUAGCGGCAAAAAGGUAAAAAGAUUAGCGGAGGAUAACGUUUUAACUCCUAGCUACGGAAGUAAAUCACUUGCGUCCGGUGAAUUACAUGGAGUGGUCUACUCUCUCAAAGUUUACUCACAUCAUCGAAAUUAGAUUGCGCGAGUGUUAGGCUCUUAAUUACCUUUAAUCCAAGAUUAAGAUUAACGAGAGUGUAUGAUAGUGUUCAGAUUGAGUGGGAGACUGAAAAAAAUUCCCAAAAGAAACAAUUAUAGGCCUUAAGUUGAAGCAACGGUUAUUGGUAGAUAUCGAAAGGGAAUAGGGACAUGAACUAUAUUUCAAUUUUGUACCGACAAUAGCACUAAACUCAACCGCGUACCAAAGUACGCUACUUUGAUUUCUAUAGCAUCACUGUAGCUAAAAACCAUCUAAGUAAUAUUUUCCCUAACUUUUUUAACAUCACAAAUAGCGAAAAAAUUCACCGAAUUAGGUCGGAGAGCGCAUAAGAAAGACAUGGUCGCCAGUGAUAAACAAAUACACAUCCUUGAAAGAAGAGUCAGCCGAUUUUUAUUUCAUUGAUUCCUACGCGUAGAAAUGUUAAGUCGCGACGAGCUGAAAUACAGUCACAAGUAAUUCGGGAGCCGCAACUUUAUGCAGCACAAAUAGAAAGUAUAAAAAGGUCCGGGUGACAUGUUUGUCCACAUCUCUUUUGAAUUACUUCAGCUUUAAUUGAUGCCUGGAGUUUCACAUCCGAGAGCGCUUUGUUAACUCUCGAUGGUGCGCAAGAAUUUAACGGUCGAAAUCAUUGCAUUUUUUCGAUUGAGUCAUUUACCGAGAGUGAGAUAGAGCGAUAGAUAAGUAUCACAGCGACACCCGAAAUACAAUUACAGUCGACUGAAUUUGAUUACAGUGCAUCGUUCAUCAACUACAAAGAUACUCAUUAGUGCUCAUUACAAGGGCUUUUAUUCUGGGGCUUAAUGUGAUUGUAAAACACUUCUUUAAUACUCAUUUAGGUGCCCCUCCCACGACACCAUUUGAACGACAAGAUGAUUCGUUUAUGCCACGCUUAAUGGAUCUCGUUUAACAUGUCAUUCUCACGGAUAGGAUUCCCUUCACUUCCAAACUCAAGCAAAAAGCUUGAGGAAAUUUAAAGAGACACUUCAGGGCAGUUAGAUGGCCGACGGAAGUGUGAAACCGAAGACAAAGCCAUCUGUUAAAUCCAUUACCAACAUACGAGUCUAAAUGCGUUGGUCUAGGUACUUGAAUAAACUUUAAUGGAAGUUAAAUUUUCAUGAAUAGCUAAAGCCCGUUUUAGUUUCUUCAAUGUUAGCAUUUCUUUUCUCGGAUGCCAUGGUUUCCUGUUUGCUAAAGUCGCACUAAGAAUGGCACAUCGUUUGAAGGUGUUAAUGGCCAUUUAUAUUAUCAUCGCAUCGCUUUGUGUGGAGUGUUCUAUUUAGAGAUGUGUGUUUAAUAUGAGAAAAUCAAUUCCCAGUAAUAACAGGCUUUACUUUUGUAAUCGUUUUCAUCAAAUGGUAGGCGACUGGAAGGCUUAACUUUCAUAGACCAUCACUUGAGUUUAUUGUAAGCUUACUUUGCUCCCAAGAUGCGGGGGAUUUGAGACCCUUCAUUUUCGCACGCGACAGAUCCUGAUCCUCGAUCAGUUCCCUCUGUCAUAACAAACUAAAUUCGUCUAAAGCCACAAAAUAAAAUGGCUUCUCCGGUUUCAGCUCCCAAGAGAUAAUGUACUGUCAAGGAGUAAAAACAUAAAAGAAAACAUUUCGAGCAAACAAAAACAUUUUAGCUUAAAAAAAAUAUGUCGGGUUAUCAGUGAAAGUACUAGGCGGUGGCAUAACCUGAGCGCUCUUGGCGUUAUAAGAUUAUUUCAUGGCGUCCAACUACUCAUCUUAUACUUCAUCUCAAUAACUACAGCGUGCGACCCACUUAAGAGGAUGAAAGAAACUUAUAAUUCAAUUUGGUUGCACAAGUUUAAUACACCUCUUUA